AUGUCCCUCACCCAAUGGACCACAACCCUGACGGGCCUCUCCUCCCUCACCAAAUCCACCACCAACAUCCCGAUCCCAACCCCAGGAGAUCAUGAAGUCCUCGUUGAGAUCCACGCCGUAUCUCUAAAUUACCGCGAUGUAGAGGUAACAAAAGGCGAAUACACCCACCACAAAUCCACCUCCUCUAUCGCCCCGCUGGAACAAAAAGUCCCCUGCUCCGACAUGUGCGGCACCGUCACGCACAUCGGUCCCAACGUCACUCGCUUCCAGCCCGGUGAUCGCGUGCUCUCGACCUUCCUUCCGGAUCACAUCACCGGUCAGGUUACGGAUAAAGAAUUGGCGACGGGAUUAGGACACCCCCAGCCGGGCGUGUUGGCGACGCAUAGGGUGUUUCCGGAGCAUGGGCUUGUCAAGGCACCCAAGCACCUUGGGGAUGUGGAGGCAAGUACGUUGCCGAUUGCGAGUGUGACGGCUUGGAUGAGUUUGGAGGAGAGGAUUAAGUUGAGAAGUGGACGCGGGGCUGGGGAGGGUGGUGAGGUGGUGGUGCUGUUGCAGGGGACUGGGGGUGUUGCGGUUGCGGGGUUGCAGAUUGCGAAGGGGUUGGGGGCUACAGUGAUUAUCACGUCGUCGUCGGAUGAGAAGCUCGAGAAAGCGAAGGCGCUGGGUGCGGACUACACUAUUAAUUAUCGGACUACGCCAGACUGGGACCAGGAGGUUCUGCGCAUUACGAAGGGGAAGGGGGUGGAUGUUAUUCUUGAGACUGGGGGUGCGAGAACGCUGAGGAAGAGUUUCGAGUGUAUUGCCUUUGGGGGUUUGAUUAACUGCAUUGGGUAUUUGUCGGGCAAGGUGGAUGAUCCGGAGGAUCGAAUCAAUGUGAAUCUGCUGGCGCUACGACGGACCGUUACUCUGCAGGGUAUUAUUAAUGGUCCGAGGGAUCGGUUUGAGGAGAUGGUGGGAUUCUAUGAGGAGAAGGGCAUCAAGCCGGUGGUGUCGAAGGUUUUUGGGUUUGAGGAGGCUGAUCAGGCGUUUAGGUUCUUGGAAAGUGGAGGGCAUUUUGGGAAGGUUGUUAUUCAAGUUCCUUGA